UUAGAAGAGCAGCCGGUCGUUGCGGAGUAGCAAUGCUACUUGACAGCUUCGGCUGCUACCAACUACUCCUCGGACCAGCCCCGCCCGGGACCUUCCAGAAGCGCAAGAUUUCAAGGCCAUCGCCUUCGCAUCCCUUCCUUCCUCGCCGCGGGGGUCGCCUGAGAUCACAUAAAAAAUGGUGAAGGCUGUUGCUGUGCUUGGUAGCAGCGAUGCUGUCAAGGGUACCAUCUACUUUACCCAAGAGGGGGAUGGCCCCACCGCUGUUACUGGAAGUGUAUCCGGCCUCAAGCCUGGUCUUCAUGGGUUCCAUGUGCACGCACUUGGUGACACCACAAAUGGCUGCAUGUCAACUGGGCCACAUUACAAUCCUGCGGGUAAGGAGCAUGGAGCACCUGAAGAUGAGAAUCGCCAUGCUGGUGAUCUUGGAAAUGUGACGGCUGGAGCAGAUGGUGUUGCUAAUAUCAAUGUUGUCGACAGCCAGAUCCCACUUACUGGACCAAAUUCAAUCAUUGGCAGAGCUGUUGUUGUUCACGCUGAUCCUGAUGAUCUUGGAAAGGGUGGGCACGAACUCAGCAAGAGCACUGGAAAUGCUGGUGGCCGAGUUGCUUGUGGGAUCAUUGGACUCCAGGGCUGAAAGUGCCGUACGUCUCCUGCCGCCAUCAACAGGCCGAUAUGAACACUCUCUGAGCUUAGCAUUUUCCUCAUGUUUAUGCGGCGAUUCUCAAAUAAGAGCACCUGAUCUCUGAUCAGCGUAUUUGUCAUUCAGAACUGUGUAUCUACCGAUGAGCUAAACUGUGCACUAUGGCCUAUGCCUGAACCUGUUCACAAGACAUGUUGCUUUGUGAAUUCCCGAUCGAUAUGUUUUCUGGAA